AUGGAUUCUGAAACUUUAGAAAAGCAGAAACUUUUAAUAUCAGGAAAUCAAGAAUCUAAACACGAGAAGGAACGAGAAGAAUCUGAUGAUAAAUUUGCAUUUAUAAAAUUAAAAGCUCGUAUUGAAGAAUUAGAAACUGAAUUUCUUAUAAGAAAUUUAAAUUAUAAAGAGCUUCGAGAAGAAUUUAACAAUUUUAAAAUGUUAAUUCUUAAAUCUGAACAUGACCAAUUAUCAAAGAAUAUUCGGGAUUCAUUUUCCAUCGAUAAAUCUAAAUUUCUUCCAAAUUUAGAGAAUUUUGGGGAAGUUUCAGAAUCAAUUUAUGAUUAUUAUAAAGACAAACACAUUCUUUUUACACAUGAUGAUAAUGAUUUGAUGUUAUUUUCUUCAAGGAAAAGUCAAAAUAAAGAAACACGGUUUAUUGAUGAUGAUUGUGAUUACGAUCUUGAAAAUAAAUAUGAUGAUACAGUUGAAAAAGAUUUUAUUAAUAAAGGAGUUUCUGGGCCAUCGUCAUCAUCCGAUCAACAGAUUAUCAGUAACAACAGUAACAACAAAUGUGAUUAUUCUAAUAAUUAUAAGACUUCACCAUUAAAUCCUUAUGCGGCUUCGUUUUUUCCCGGAAAAGAUUAUACCAAUCAGGAAGAAACCACACAAGGAACUCAACGAAAUAAUGACGAUCAAAAGGAUUCAAAUUUUCUUUUGAAUAUUCCUCUUUAUGCAUCUAAUAAUAUACCUUAUUUCAUCUUUCUUUGUAAUGACUUUUGGAGAAAUCACACAAACGUAGUCGAAAAAAUUCACGCACUAGUUCAACAAAUUCUUUAUCAAUUCAGACUAAUUAACCGAAAAGUCAAUGUUGUGUCGUUUAGAUAUUUGUAUUUCUUUGAAGUUGAUGAUUUAAUGAAUUAUGAAAAAUCAAAAGAAUUUAAUUCCUUACAAAAGGUUCACAAGAAAAUUAUUAGGAAUAUGAUUAAUGCUUUAUUAAAAGAUGAAUUAUAUAUUAAUAUUACUUUUGUACGAAAUCUUAAUGAGUAUAGAAGUAGAGGAUUAAUUCCAAAAUUACCAAAAAGUUUUAAAAGUUAUGAUGAUUAUACCAAGAGUGAGAAGUUUCAAUCUUUGACCAAAAAGAAAAAGAAAAUUAUUAGAAGAUUGGCUGAAAAGGAAAGAAAUGAUGAGUAA